AUGGCAGAUCAAAAACAACCAGACGCUCGUCUUUACAAAGACAUAUACUCGCGGUCAUUCUUGACGCGGAUAUACGAUCACUAUGUCCUUGGCUUCAAUAUGAAGUAUGCUUGGAGCUGCGCGACUGAUGCGGUCCUUCUCCCAUUCUUUGCGGAUAACUUCUCCCAUCACCACAUGGACAUCGGUGUCGCAACAGGAUGGUUUCCUGCGACAGUGCUGAGAAGGCCUAUCCGCAAUAUGGAGAAACACCAGUUGACGCUGGUUGACUUCAACGAGACCUCUCUCAAUGCAUCCAAGGCCCGGGUGUUGUCGGUAGCGCCGCACACCAGCGUCAACUGCGUACAGGCUGAUAUAACAGCACAGCUGCCUGAGUCACUCAGAGAUGCAUGCGGCAAGUUCGACUCGAUUACCAUGUUCAAUCUCUUCCACUGCGUACCAGGAGGCGCCGAGAAGCUUCGCGCGUUCGCAACGUACAAGGAGCUUCUAUCGGACGGCGGCGCGUUGGCUGGCUGCACAGUACUAGGCCAGAAGCAUGCGACAGGUUUCUUCAGCAGGUCAUACCUCAGGAUUUAUAACCGCUUGGAUAUCUUCAAUAAUUGGGAUGACGAGCAGGAGGUGAUUGAGAAGGCAUUGAAGCAGGAGUUUGAUCAGGUAGAAACGGAGGUCGUUGGCAUGAUGUUAUUGUUCAAGGCAUCAAAGCCCCGAAGAUCUUGA